AUGGCAAACCACACUACUCGGGCUGAGAUAGAGUUGGAAGAACGAGGCAGCGGAUCAGGCACUGUACCUCUCACCGAUUGGAUAUCCGGAUCACUCGAUGUGCUCUACUACGGAGCAAUCUCUAUCGGUACUCCUGCACAAUCAUUGACGGUUGAUUUUGACACUGGAUCUGCCGAUCUUUGGCUCCCGGUCAACUGCUCCGACUGCUCCGCCGCUCAAUUUGACGCUACCAAAUCGUCUACCUAUGUUUCCACAGGCGAUUCAUUCUCCGUCCAAUAUGGAUCUGGAUCUGUCACUGGUACUCUUGCACAAGAAUCCGUCGCUUUAGCCGGUCUUCCAGUCCAGGGACAAUACUUCGGUGCCGUUUCUUCCGAAUCCGACGACUUUCAAUCCAAUCCUAACUCCGGUGUACUGGGUAUGGCUUUCAGUUCUAUCGCCAACUCUGGAGAACCGACUAUAUUCGAGAAUUUGGUCAAAACUGGCAAAGUUUCCAACUCUUACUUCGGUUUCCAUCUUGCUCGUAGACAAGCUUCCGGUUCAGAGCUUUGUAUCGGUUGUUACAAUUCUGCCAAAUUCAACGGAGGAAUCACCUGGUACCCUCUUGUUUCUCAAACAUACUGGUCCAUCAGUCUCACCGGUCUUUCAGCCAAAACCAACGGUCAAAACUCUCUUUCUAAAUCUAUAGUCGCCGCCAUUGAUACCGGUACCACCCUCAUCUACGUUCCUUCUUCCAUAGCCGAUGCUUUCUACAAUCAAAUCCCCGGAGCUUCAAAGGCUUCACAAUUCGGUGAUGGUUUCUACCAAUUCCCUUGUCAAACCACCGCUAGACCCAGCAUGAGCUUCAACAAUCAAGGUCAAAUGUUUUGGAGCAUGUCAGAUUUCAACUUGGGACGUACAGGACAAGGAUCUUCAAUGUGUGUCGGUGGUUUACUCGGUAUCAGUGAUGGUCUCCCUGACAACCUCGCCAUUGUCGGUGACGAGUUCCUUAAAUCUUGGUAUUCGAUCUACGAUAUUGCUGGUAACUCUCGUGUUGGUUUUGCUGCCAGCAUCAACAAUCAUUAA